AUGGCGCCUUUGACGACCGCCACCCGCGCAAUCACGCGCUGCGCAGCGUCGCCCUCCAAGGCCGUGGCCACGGCCGCGCGCGCCCUGAGCACGACGCCGGCCCAGAACGGCAGCUCGGGUGCCACCUUCUCGAGCCCGUUCCGCGGCGAGCAGAAGUCGACCCAGAUCCCCGACUUUAAGAAGUACAUGGCCCCCAAGGGCUCGUCGACCACCAACGCCGUCUUCUCGUACUUCAUGGUCGGCGCCAUGGGUGCCAUCUCGGCCGCCGGUGCCAAGUCGACCGUCCAGGAGUUCCUGGUCAACAUGUCCGCUUCCGCCGACGUUUUGGCCAUGGCCAAGGUUGAGGUUGACCUGAACUCCAUCCCCGAGGGCAAGAACGUCAUCAUCAAGUGGCGUGGAAAGCCCGUCUUCAUUCGCCACCGUACCAGCCGCGAGAUCGAGGAGGCCAACAAGAUCGACGUUGCCUCAUUAAGAGAUCCGGAAGCCGACAGCGACCGUGUCAAGAAGCCCGAGUGGCUUGUCAUGUUGGGUGUCUGCACACAUCUUGGUUGUGUCCCCAUUGGCGAGGCUGGCGACUUUGGCGGUUGGUUCUGCCCCUGCCACGGAUCUCACUACGACAUUUCCGGACGUAUAAGGAAAGGACCUGCUCCCCUGAACCUCGAGAUUCCCGCAUACGACUUCCCCGAGGACGACAAGCUGGUCAUUGGUUAA